CUGUCUAAAAGAAGACUAAAACCCUUGUGUCUCCAUCUAUCGAUUUUCUGCAAAUUCAGCCGGAAAAAAUGGGAACCAAUCCAUCCGCCAUGUCGUUCCUCACCAAUAUAGCACGCGCCGCCUUUGGUCUAGGAACCGCUGUCACCGUCGUCAAUUCCUCCCUCUACACCGUCGAUGGCGGCCAACGCGCCGUUCUCUUCGAUCGUUUCCGUGGAGUCAUUGACGAGACUGUUGGGGAAGGCACUCAUUUCCUUAUUCCAUGGCUUCAGACCCCGUACAUCUUUGACAUACGCACCAGGCCUCACACAUUCUCAUCGAUCUCCGGCACGAAAGAUCUUCAAAUGGUUAACCUAACUCUCCGUGUCCUCUCACGCCCCGAAGUCAACCGAUUGCCGGCGAUUUUCAAAACCCUAGGUCUCGAGUACGACGAGAAGGUUCUUCCGUCGAUCGGAAACGAAGUUCUGAAGUCCGUCGUUGCUCAAUUCAACGCGGAUCAGCUUCUCACUGAGCGUCCACAGGUUUCGGCUUUGGUUCGUGAUAGUUUGGUCCGCAGGGCUAAGGAUUUCAAUAUCGUCCUUGACGACGUUGCGAUCACUCACUUGUCUUACGGCGCUGAGUUCUCGAAGGCGGUGGAACAGAAACAGGUGGCGCAGCAAGAGGCGGAGAGAUCUAAGUUUGUGGUGGCGAAAUCUGAGCAGGAACGACGGGCGGCGAUUAUUAGGGCUGAAGGUGAGAGUGAGUCUGCGAAGUUGAUUUCUGAUGCCACUUCUGCUGCUGGAAUGGGAUUGAUCGAGCUUAGGAGAAUUGAAGCAUCGAGGGAGAUUUCUGCAACUUUGGCUAGGAGUAACAAUGUCAUGUAUCUUCCAAACACAGGGAGCCAGAUGCUUCUAGGGCUUAACCCUUCUCGCUAAACAGAUUUUAGCUUAUCUUUUUCAAGACAUUGUUUUGUCAUCUUUUGAGAGAAUAACCAGGUGAAUCACGAACUUUUUUGCUGUUCUUUUUAAUUGUUUUAUGUUUACAGGCUGAUGAAAUUCAUAUAGAAAUGAUGUUAUAAUACAGUUCCUAUUAGUAGUCAAUGAUCAUUUUGAAAUUUGAACUCCUUGGUUAUUCUUCAUUUGUUCAAAAUGUGAAAUUGGAAGACAAUUUGCUUUUA